AUGUUAGAGUCGGAGAGUCGCCAAAUCUCCAUCGCAAGCGAGGCUGCGAGUAAGAAACAGAAGCAACCAGCUAAAGACUCACUCCUUCGCAACCUACCUAUCUCAGGCCGCCACUUCUGGAAGGGAACCUUAGCAGAGCAACUGUCUGCUACUCAGCUAGACAACAGGCCGACAAACAAGUCCAAGCGGAGUAUGCCCGGCAAUGAGCUAACGGUCAUGGCGCUCAAUGAAGUAGCGAUCUCGCAUGGUAGAGGUUUCUUCUUCCACGUCUUGGGUAGAGACUCAUGGACUUCUUGGCCCACUGAAGAUAUGCACCCCAAGAGCCGAGUUCCCCAGCUUCCUGGGUAG